UGUUAUUGUUGUUGUUGUGGUGGCCAUCAUCGUCUUGGAUUGUGUGCCAGUUGUGUGCAGUCUGCCCAGAAAACAAAACAAACGCAAACCCUCUGAUCGCUCUUCUUAAAUCUAAUUUAUAUAAAAUAUUCGUUUGUGAUCUCAACUUUCUUUAAGAACAAUGCUGAAAGGAGUGGCUGAUUUUUUCUUUGGAACUGGCUCAGCAGAUUCAGAACAGCAAUGUGAAGAACUCAAUAUAAAAACUCAUGUGACUGAAGAAGACUGGAUUUUUGUUGAAACACAAACUCAAGAUGCAGUCGAUGAAUCGCUACCAUCUGUGACCUUAGAAACUGCUGAUAAUACUGCUGCAACAACUGAAGAUAUUCAUUUAGAUACUGCCAGUUCUAAGCAAGACUGUAGUAACAACAGUAAAUGUGAUGAGCUGGAGGACAUUACUGUGGUUCAUCCACAUCUAGAUUUAGUCCCAAUAACAAAAACCUGUACAAGGGACACUGCCCUACCUGCAGAACACUCACUUGUACGGCACUCAGAUUAUAUUUGUAUAUUCUCGGUCUGUCCAAGUGAGAGCUGGAUUGUAGAUCCACCAGCUUGCUUCACUGCCAGUCAGAGAGGCUCUGAAGAAUCUUCAGUUUUACAAACAACAAUGGAAAAUCUGUUGAUAGAGCAUCCUAGUAUGUCAGUAUAUGACUCAUAUUCUCGAAGCAUCAACAGUGAUGGAGACGAUGAUGAUGGUGAUGAUGAGGAUGAUGAUAAUGACGAAGAAGAAGGAAGGGUUGUGGCUGAUAAUGAUAAUGUUGAGCAUAUCACUGCUGUUAAUCUUCAUCCAGUAUCAUCUUUUAGAAAUAUUUCACUGCCGUUAACCAGAUCUCAGCCUGUACACAACAACCAAACCGGUCGUUGUCAUCAAAACCUUACCAAUGCUCAGCCACUUCUAACCAAAUUAAAAACAUACCGUUUGAUGUUACAAAAACAAUCAUAUGAACAGAGCCAUCAUUACAAUAAAAAGUACUUAAAUAGAAACAAUAAGUUGGUUGAAUAUAGCCACCUUGGCAAAAGGCAACGUCAUCGUGCUCGCUACCAGUGCCCAAGUGGUCGUAUGAAUGGUAGAAUUGGACAAAGGAGAGCUUUCUAAACAUGAAUAUUUUUUUUAAUAAUUCUGUCAGUUGAAAUGUACGAUUGAAUUUUUGAGAACUAGAUAAACAAAAAUAAUGUCUUUAUUAAUUUAGAGGAGGUAGUGUUUGUACCGUGAUGUAGUCUCACUUUGUGAGAGACAGAUAAGAUAGCAUUAUUUAGUUUUUAAAUAUAAAUUCAUUGAUUGAUUCUGUGACUUUUUUAAAUUUUAUUUUUAUAUCUAUACUGCACUGUAACAGAAGGUACAACUGCAUAGUUCCUGACACUUUUUUUCUAAAAUCUUAAUCAAGAGAAUUAAUCAUUAUAUAGAGAACAAUUUAGAUAAAGUUUUAGAUAAGAAAAAUAAAAUUAUUUAAAAGAAAAAAAAAAUUAAAGAAAAAUACUUAUUCUGUUUGAUUUCUGAGUUCAUCAGUAAUAUAUUAUAUAUUAUCUUAGUUUUGUAAUUACUUUAUUAUAAUGUUUUAAACAAAUAUAGAAAUAUUAUUCAUGGAAUAACUAAAACAAAAACAAACAAAAAAAUGUUUUAAUAAGUAAUUAUUAACAUUCUUUAACAGACAUCAUUUUAAUUUGAAUAACCCAACUGUAAACUUCAAACAGCUUAAAUAACAGUAUCUUCUUAGAGUCUUUUUCUUUAUCCGCUCUCUCUCUCUCUCUCUCUCUCUCUCUCUCUCUCACUACUUCUACUACAACUACUACUACUAUAACUCCUAGAUGUGUACUUAUUUUAAUUCAUGUGUUUACAUGCAUGUUUAAAAUAACACACAUUUCUGAUAU